GUACCUCAACUACAAUGAAGCAGAUAUAUCGAAAAACACGGAACUAAAAAACGAGGGUGACUACGUCAUAGUAACUAACUCUCAGAUCAAUAGCGGAAAAAUGGAAACUACUCUGACUAUCUCUAGUGCCAAUAUUGCAGUCACUCUUGCUGGGAAAUACACGUGUGCAUUCUCAUAUGACAACGGAGAUAUCUAUAAGUCUGAAGGAAACCUUGUUGUACGGCUGGUCACCAUAAUACCUUCCGAUGCCCAUAUCUACAGCUACCGAGAUGACGGGUUACAAUUGUCAUGUACAAUUGAGUCGAGUGACACUACUACCGGUGUAACAUGGUCUGGGCCAACAGGGUUUGAUCCGUCCGGUAUAACCAGGAUUAAUAAUGUUAACACUUACAUUCUGACUCUUCCAACCGAUGCUGCUGCAUCCCAGUACAGCUGUGAAUUUGCUUUUACUGAUGGACCUACUUUCAAGCCGGUUGGCAUCUUUCUCGAUGUUAACUUGAACGUGAUCGAGAUGACGAACCCGACCAAGAUGUACAGUACCUAUGGGGUUGGUGUUACCGUUACUUUCUCCUGUUCAGCUGGGUCUCGCGAGGAGAUGAGUGACCUUAACUUCUGGGACGGAACCCAGGAAGUUACAGCAACUAGGAGGAGCUAUGAACACGGCAAGACGAAUGCUGAGUACGAUUACGUGGUUGAUACUAAAGAUAAGGAUGCGGAGUUUAAAUGCUACAAAAGUGCGGAUGAAACUUCCGAUUCUACUACUCUUGAUGUGAUGACCUGGACACAAGAGCUUGCAGAGUCAACUGAAGGUUCUGCUGGAGAUAGUGUAGUCUUGCUUUGUAAGGCAGAGUGGAACACAGUCGACCAGAACAAACCAGCCUUCACGUGGUUAAAGGGAGCUACAGUCGCUGAGGAGACCAACAGCAGGUACAGAAGACACGUCAGGAAAAACGUGGGUUCAAAGCGAGUUAACGAUCACUCUUGCUCUUGACAUGGACGGCAGCAAGUACACUUGUACUGCUUUAUAUACCGAUCUUACAGCCGGCCUGACACUUACCAGUACAACCAACAUCAAAGUCGCCAGUAUCGAGAUAAAUCCAGCGAAGUACGCCAUCGUACCGACCGGAGAAUCAGCGAUGUUCACUUGUGUUGUGAUAGCGAAGGAAGGAGUCAACCUGAAGUGGAGAAAACAUGCUGACGACUAUACUGAGAACGACAAGAACUACGUUGAUCUGACGACCUCUGCUCGGCAGGAUAACUACAAUACAGACAACAAAUCAAGGAAGUCCACUUUGACGCUGUCAUCCUUGACAAAUGCUGACAGUACUGACACUAUUGAGUGUUACGAAGAAAAUAAUCCCGCUCUCACUGCAACCAUGGAACUCAAUGUUGUCGGUAAGAUCAUCAAACCUAUAGGGUGGGCCAAAAAGUUCGCCGACCUCGUUUCGAAGGGUGUGGUGGCAGGGGAAGAGGUUAUUUUCACCUGUACUGUUUCAACCUUUACUAACACUGCUCUAGUCAUCGAAUGGUUCCAAAAAUUCAGUAGUGGUGAAGGAGCACAAACUGGAAAUGAGUACACGUACACUAUUGACGCGGUUGAUCAAUGGAUUGACAAUGGUGUUUACUAUUGCCUAGCGACAUACACUCAACCACUCAACCUUGGAGAUGCAGUCUUCAAGUCAGAAGAAGUAAACCUUUUCGUUAGACAGAUCAAUCCAACACCAACCACCCCUGUCUUUAUCCACACUGGAGAGACAAUAAGUUUGGACUGUUCUCUUAGCAUUAUAGCGGAAUCAGCUGGAACAUCUGACAUUAAAUGGUACAAGGACGGAGUAGAGGUCGUGCAACAAGUGGGCGUUUUAGAAGUGAAAAACGGUAUUUAUGAUGGGACAAAUGAGCUUCAGAAGUCAACAUACACUGACACGGAUGUUGAUAAAAAUGAUGGAGGUGUUUACAAAUGCGAAUUUACAUUCGCUGUCGGAGAAAAGAUUUCUUUCGAGACUACCGUCAACGUUUAUCAUGUUGAAUCAGUGAAUAAAGAAGUGAAGAAAGGCUCUGAUACAACCAUAUCCUGUGUUAUCACUGGAUUGACAGAAACAGCAACAGUGACCUGGCGAACUAGUACAGGACCAGUUCCAGCUGAAAAGUUCACCGCUGUCCAAGGUAGCCAUUCUGGAGGGACACAAACAUCAACUCUUGCUGUAGACGGAACUCUUGUGAACGACGAUACUGCUUACACUUGCAGAGUCACUUCCGGAUCUUUGCCCGAUUCCAGCCACUCGGAUACCACCGUCAAUCUAAACGUUUAUGAUGUUGAAUCAGUGGAUAAAGAAGUGAAGAAAGGCUCUGAUACAACCAUAUCCUGUGUUAUCACUGGAUUGACAGAAUCAGCAACAGUGACCUGGCAAACUAGUACAGGAGCAGUUCCAGCUGAAAAGUUCACCCCUGUCCAAGGAAGCCAUUCUGGAGGGAAACAAACAUCAACUCUUGAAGUAGACGGAAGUCUUGUGAAUGAACAUACUGCCUACACUUGCAGAGUCACUUCCGGAUCUUUGCCCAAUUCCAGCCACUCAGAUACCACCGUCAAUCUAAACGUUUAUGAUGUUGAAUCAGUGGAUAAAGAAGUGAAGAAAGGCUCUGAUACAACCAUAUCCUGUGUUAUCACUGGAUUGACAGAAACAGCAACAGUGACCUGGCAAACUAGUACAGGCGAAGUUUCAGGUGAUAAGCUCGUCCCUGUCCAAGGAAGCCAAUCUGGAGGGACACAAAUAUCAACUCUUGAAGUAGACGGAAGUCUUGUGAAUGAAGAUACUGCCUACACUUGCAGAGUCACUUCCGGAUCUUUGCCCGAUUCCAGCCACUCAGAUACCACCGUCAAUCUUAACGUUUAUGAUGUUGAAUCAGUGGAUAAAGAAGUGAAGAGAGGCUCUGAUACAACCAUAUCCUGUGUUAUCACUGGAUUGACAGAAACAGCAACAGUGACCUGGCAAACUAGUACAGGAGCAGUUUCAGGUGAAAAGUUCACCCCUGUCCAAGGAAGCCAUUCUGGAGGGAAACAAACAUCAACUCUUGAAGUAGACGGAAGUCUUGUGAAUGAAGAUACUGCCUACACUUGCAGAGUCACUUCCGGAUCUUUGCCCGAUUCCAGCCACUCAGAGACCACCGUCAAUCUAAACGUUUAUGGUACAUUUUUCAACGCUAACAGUUAUCUUGCAACAUAGUUUUUCAUUCGGUACUCAUUUCUAUCUCACAGCCAAAUUUCAAAUUCAAUUCAUACCAGAUA